AAGAGGGUCCAGAGGCGGACCCAAUUGACUAGAUAGAGCUGGUUGCUGAGGAUUGCAGAAGACUCCAGGAUUUGCGAGGAGCCGUGUCAGGCUGUUUUUUUUCCCCCUCCUAUAAAUACCCCCCCACUCCUUCUCUCCAAAGCGCAGGGGCAGAAGGAAUCCCUUUCCCCGUAGAAGCUCCCCGCAGGAGGCAAGCAGGAGGGGAGAAAAACAGCGCUUUGAAAGGAAGCUAGUUAGAAAGAUUCCCAUCUGCGAAUUCCAUCUUCCUUCACAGCGAAUGUCCUCCUUCUCCUUUUGAAACAGAUCCCCGGUAGGCGAGCCGAUCUCCUUUCUAUCCCCACAACAAGCUGCUCCCGGGAAAGCAGUGCUAGAAACUUCGCCCGGCGAUCGAAGCUUCCCCACCACCCGACCCCCGAGAGAUCCUCUUCCCAAGGCUGGCUGACCGGAUCGCCUUUUCGGUGGUUCCUCUUUCUAGGGCAACUUGGCAAGCCUUUUCUCGAGGAGGGCUUCUGGUGGAGGUCGUUGGAAUCCCCUCCAGUGAUUAUCCCCGAGGAAGAGCCCCUCAUCUUUCCCUCCAGAGGUACCCCAAUAUAGCGACCCCUCCUCAUCUGUGGGACACCCAAAACCCUUGAGACUUCAGACCGCUCGUCGAGAUGAAUUACCUGCGCAGGCGACUCUCUGACAGCAACUUCAUGGCCAACCUGCCCAACGGCUACAUGACCGACCUCCAGCGCCCUCAGCCACCGCCGCCGCCGCCCAGCGCCACCUCUCCAUCGCCGGGCAACAUCUCCCCAGCUGAAAGGCCACCGGCGGCCCCCAGCCCUGGAGCCGGAGCCGGUGGUGGUGGUGGAGGCGGCGGAGCCGGGGGUUUUUUCUCGUCGCUGUCCAACGCGGUGAAGCAGACGACCGCCGCGGCAGCAGCCACCUUCAGCGAGCAAGUCGGCGGGGUGGCUGGCUCUGCAACGUCGUCGGGACGCAGCAAAGUACUACUGGUAGUCGAUGAGCCAGGGACGGACUGGGCAAAAUAUUUCAAGGGGAAGAAACUUCAUGGAGAAUUGGACAUCAAGAUUGAACAGGCAGAAUUCUGUGACUUGAACUUGGUGGCUCAUGCUAAUGGCAAUUUUUCUGUUGACAUGGAGGUUAUGCGCAACGGGAUCAAAGUAGUGCGGAGCCUGAAACCGGACUUUGUCCUGAUCCGCCAGCAUGCCUUCAGCAUGGCCCGUGGUGGAGACCAUCGUGGCAUUGUUAUUGGCUUGCAGUAUGCAGGCGUGCCCAGCGUCAACACUUUGCAUUCUGUAUACAACUUCUGUGACAAACCUUGGGUGUUUGCCCAGAUGGUCCGCCUGCAUCGCAAGCUUGGUCCGGAAGAAUUCCCCCUCAUUGACCAGACAUUCUAUCCCAAUCAUAAGGAGAUGCUGACAACCUCCAAAUACCCAGUGGUGGUAAAGAUGGGACAUGCUCAUUCUGGAAUGGGAAAGGUCAAGGUGGAGAACCAGUAUGAUUUCCAGGACAUAGCCAGUGUAGUAGCACUCACCAAGACCUAUGCCACCUCAGAACCUUUUAUUGAUGCCAAGUAUGAUAUCCGUAUACAGAAGAUUGGCAAUAACUACAAAGCCUACAUGAGGACCUCCGUUUCAGGCAACUGGAAAACCAAUACUGGCUCUGCCAUGUUGGAGCAAAUAGCUAUGUCAGAUAGGUACAAGCUAUGGGUGGACACUUGUUCAGAAAUUUUUGGUGGUUUGGACAUCUGUGCAGUAGAAGCUCUACAUGGCAAGGAUGGACGUGACCACAUUAUUGAGGUAGUGGGAUCAUCCAUGCCUCUGAUUGGAGACCAUCAAGAGGAAGAUAAGCAGCUGAUUGUGGAGCUGGUACUGUUACGCAUGGCCCAGGUCAUUCCUCGCACCCCCGUGCCCUCCCCUGUGCGCUCUGCCUCAGGACAGCAUGCCCAGGCUCAGUCAGCUCAAGCUGGACAGAGACAAGGCCCUCCAGCCCAACAGAGACCUCCACCCCAAGGAGGACCUCAGCAGCCACCUCCAGGCUCCCAGCGCCCUCCAUCUCAGCAACGCCCCCCUCCCCAAGGCCAGCAACUCUCAGGCCUUACCCCACAGCCCAGUGGUCCCGCAAUGGGUCAGCGUCUGCCCAGCCCCACCACCCAGCAACCCCCACCACAGGCUCAGCAACGUCCUGCAGGGCAGCGCCAGCCUGGGCCUGGAGUCCAGCAGUCUCGCCAGCAGGGGCCACCCUCUGCUCCACAGUCCCCCCAGCCUCAGAGAGGGCCGAGCCCCAGUGGCGGAGGACAGCAGCAGUGGCAGCAAGGUUCCCCCCAGCAGCAGCAGCAGCGGCCCGCAGGGGCUGGCCUGUCCAAGACAGCAUCUGGGGGCCUCCCAGGGCAACAGCAGCAGGCCCAGCAGGCCCAGCGCCCUCCAGCGGCUGGCGGUCAACCACGGCAGCAUCCACGGCAGGGCAGUCAAGGGGGCCUGGCCCAGCAGCGCCCACCGGGAGCAGGAGCACAGCAGCAGCGCCCAGCACCACCCACUACCCAGCAGCCGAGGCCCAGUACUCAGGGGCAGGGUCCUGGUGGCCCAGGGCAACAAGGGAACCGUCCUCCACCAAGCCAAGGAAAGCCACAAGUUGCCCAGAAACCCAGUCAGGAUCUGCCACCUCCACCCCAGCCCCAGCUGAACAAAUCCCAGUCUCUGACCAAUACCUUCCCCCUUGCAGAGGCACCGGUGCCGCGGGGCAGCCUUAGUCAGGAUGAAGUGCGUGCUGAGAGCAUCCGCAGCCUCCGACAGAGCUUCGCCAGCCUCUUCUCCGACUGAGAGACUUCCCCUCUGUACUGCGACCCUUCACUUCCCCAGGCCUAGAUCCCUUUCCCUGUCUUCUGAGACUCUGAACCCCGUGUCCCUUCACUGCUUCGACCCACCCCCAUGGGAACGCUCUUCCAAAAUGAAUCUGUUUAUUUGUUUAUUUUUAAUCCCACCUUUUUUUAUUUUGAAGAAUUUCGUCUGCCCUCUCCUCCAUGAACAGCAAUCCCAUGGAAAGGGGGAAGCAAUACAUAUCCCUGGAGAUCCCUGGUAAAAGGAAUGGCACCUGCUGGAAAUGGUCAGAGCUAGAAAAUGGGUUGAUAUUAAAUCCCUAGGAAUACUCAGGCUUUUGAGGCCGGUCAUUCUGAAUGUAAAGAUGGAUGGUUGGUUUAAAAUUAAUUUUUAUUUAUUUAUUAGAUUUAUACAGCCGCUCAUCUCACAUAUAUGACUCUGGGUGGCUUAUAAUGAAGAAGUUAUCUGUACAGAGCAAUUAUCUGCAGAGAGAGAGAGAGAGACAGACAGACAGAUGGAUGUGUGUGUGUGUGUGUGUUUGUGUGUAUGCACAUAUCAAAACAACCUUCUCUACCCUAAAUGAAACAAGAACUACACAGUCUUCUGGGCAGAAAGGUCUGUUUAUGUUCUUUUAAAAUCCUAAACCUUCCCUCUGCCACUAUCCUUUGUUCUGGGAACCUAUUUUUUGCUCUGUUUUCUAUGACUAAUUCUGUAUCCAUUCCUGCAGAAUAUACUAUCCCCAUGCAAAUUAAACCUGCCGGUUGUCAGAGAGCUUCCUUCCUUCCUUCCAUCAGGAUCUCCCUUUUCAUCCGGAGGCUGCAGAUUUCUCAAGUCCACAUCUCUUCAUAUAAAUAUGCAAACUUUAUGCCUGGUUCUCUUCUCCCAGCCUAGGGGCCCCCAGGCUUGGGAAAAAGGGAGAGGAGAGGGGUCUCCAGGGAUCUCUAUACAUAGCAUGAGGGAGGGGACUUCUCCUGGGGCCCAUGUCUGUGUUUGUGGCCACAAAGAUGUCUAUGUUGCUGUUUGUGAAUAAGCCAGUCAAUUGCCACUUGCCCUUUGCACAAUCCUGUUGUCCCCACUCCUUAGCUGCCCGCUUCCAACUCUUGUUGCCUUGGCUGCAGGUUCCGCCCCCACUUCAGCAAUGUGCAACUUUCUUCCCAUGCGUUUUGGUAAUAGUAUACUCGGCAAGCCUUAAUCUAGACACACACUUCCUUUCCAUCCUACCUCACACUGUUUUUUUCCCCCAACCCUCCUAGUAGCACUGCAGAAAACCCCCAGUCUGUCACUCCACUGUAAGCUUUAGCAUCUACUGAUCAUCAGGAAGGUGCUGGGCAGGGCCAAUGAGGUACUUUAUCCUCAAACUUUUUGCUAAAUUGGUUUAAAACCCAGUCGUCAUGGAGGAGAGACAAUUGGCCAAUACUUUGAGUUUGUGGUGGAGAAUGCAGUUGUUUUUGUUAAGCCCAUUUCCUGUCCUUCCUUCCUUCCACUUGGCCAAUCAAAUCUAUCUGCUCUUCUCCCAAAACAGCCAUAGUACUGCCACUAUAGCCAAGGGAUGCUUUUGCUAUUUUGAUGACUGAAGGAAUAAAACUUCAUCCCCGAUGGACACACAAGGGGUUCACAUCCAAAAGCAGAACUUGGUCCCCUCCCUCUCCCCCUUGUAUAUAACUCAAGAGAGAAAACUCCCCACUCUAUUUUUGUGAUUCUCCUUUAUCCCUAAAGCUGUGUCAAUUACUCUUGUCCCCUUCUUUGAAAGAUCAUGGGGACAGUGCCACUUAACGCGUGAUGGUCUGAUAGCUGCAAAGUCGCGUGUUGUAGCUGUGUUGUGACAUGACGCUUUGAGCUGUGUUUGCAACUUAACUGUCAGGUUGGGGAGGGGGGAUGCAGCAGAGGCUCAAUUCCUGUGUAUUACACCCCCUUUCCAUUCUUCAGCCUCUUCUCCCCAGAGAUCUAUUCCUUUGCCACCAAGAGAUCUGGGAAGGACAAUUUAAAGUGCUAACUUGGUAUCUUUGUUAUUUAUUCUUGUCUGGAAAGUGCAUCCCCCUCGCACACUAUUUUUGUGGGAAUAGAGGCCUUUCCUAUUGCUGUGAUUCUGUCUCUGUGAAUCAAAAUUUCAAUGGAUCAGUGAUGUAAAAAACAUAAAUAAAUAAAUAUAUCUAUAUUAAAAAUCUGAA